AUGAAUAAGGAAGUGUGUGAAAAGUUCAAGAAAGUAUUGGAUGCUUUCCCCGAUACAUUGGACAAAAGUGGAAAUUAUCAAUUUAAUGAUUUUGGGCUUUUAAAUAAUGGUUGUAGUAAUAAUAAUUUUUCAAAUAAUUAUUGUAGUAAUAUUGAAUUUUCAGAUUUUUUAUGUAAUAAUAUUUCUCAAAGUGAUUUCGAUAAAAUAAGUGCUGGAUGUUUAUAUUUGUUGGAUGAAUUCAUUAAGGAUUGUGGUAUGGAUCCCCCUCCUGCAAGAAAUAACAUCAGUAUUGUUGAUUACAUUAUGAUAUGGUUAAGUUAUAUGUUAAACCUAAAGGAAAGUGAAAAAGACAAUAUAACAUGUUUUUAUGGUACAUACGUAUAUUAUUGUGAUAAGUAUACGAAGGAAAUAAAUGAAUUAACUGAUUAUAAGAAUUAUACGGGUCUUAUAGAUACAAAAAUGGAUAUGUUGAAUAUGGAUAGUGAAAUUCUAUCUAAAUUUUAUAAAGCAUUUAAAUUAUUAUGUGAAAUGUAUACUGAAUUUGAUGAAAACAAGAAAGAUUGCGCAAAAUGUUUGGGAAAAUCUGAAGAAUUUGUUAAAAUAUAUGAAGAACUUAAUGAUCCUAAUAAUACUAACUAUGGCGGCUAUUGUCAAGCAUUUUCUACAUUAUCAAAUGAUUAUAAGAAUUUAAAAAAUAAAUGUAAAGAUGAUAAGUUCCUUCCAGAGAUAAAUACAAAACAAACUGAUGCAAAAUGUUCUGAACAAGCUUCUAAAAAAAAUUCUGAACAGCUUUAUGCACAAGAUUAUGAAGUUGCAUCAUCAAGUUCGUCGAUAGCAAGCAAAUUAAUUCCGGUUUUAUCGAUAUUUGGCGCAAUACCAAUUUUCUUGGGAAUUGCUUAUAAGUAUUCGUUAUUUGGAUUUCGGAAACGAUUUCAAAAACAAAAAUUAAGAGAAAAGCUAAAAAAUGUAAAGAAGAGAAUGAAUCAUUAA